AUGGAGGAAAUACUUGUGAACAUUCUGAGCAGACUACCUGUGAAGUCAGUUGUUCGUUUCAAUUGCGUCUCAAAAUUUUGGAAUAUAUUAAUCUCUCACCCUUAUUUUAGGAAGAAACAUCUCAAUCAUGCCAAAAAUCACGCCAGAUCCCAAAAAUUACUUUCUCUCGAUUGCCUUAAUAAUGCAGAUGAUAAUAAUUGUCUUCACUUCUAUUCAUAUUCUUUAUCCUUGGUUCAACUUGUUAAAGAUAUCCGCGUAGUUGAUUGCCCUUCAAAUUCAAAUGCAGAAGGUACAGAAGUCUAUUGUAGUUGUGAUGGCUUGUUUCUCAUCGGAAUAUGGACUGAACCUCAUGUUGCACAACCUUCGUUAUUAAUGAUAUGGAAUCCGUCUACAAGAGAAUCUAUAGUACUUCCCCAUUCCAAAUUCAAUAAUGAUGAUGAUGACGGUGAUGAAUUCCGAUCUACUUAUGGAUUGGGUUAUGACUCUAUUAGUGAUGACUAUAAAGUCUUUAGGUUGGUCAUGACUAAAGAUGGCCAAAACAAAAACGAAAUUUUCGCAUUGAAAAAUAAUUCAUGGAGAAUUAUUGAAGAAACGUCUUCAUUAGAUUGGACAGAUUGUUCUAUGUAUUCUGGUGGGGAAUUUUUGCCAUUUGUAGAUGGAGCAUUUCAUUGGCUUGGUAUCUCAUCAAAGUUGAGUGCGGUUUCAUUUAAUAUUUCAUUCGAGGUGUACAGAGACAUACCAUUGCCAGAGAUUGUGUGUUACCUCACUCUAUCUAGGUUCGAGUAUGAUGUUAAAAUUGAAGUUGAUGUGGGCCUAACAGUGUUGGCUGGAAUGCUUGGUCUUUAUUAUAAAGAUGACAAUUUUUUUAAUUUAUGGGUAAUGGAAGACAAGCAUGGCUCUUUUUGGAUGAAAUUAUUCACUAUACCAAGCUACGGAAUUUACAAAGUCAUACCAACAUAUACGUUUUCAGAUUAUCAAAUGUUACUUUGUUUUCAAUUAGAUUCGACAACAAGGUCAAGAUUCGUAUAUAGGAUCAUAUCUGUUGGAUCAUUUGGAUUAGACAAUCAAAUAUGGCCUCUAGAUCAUGAUGCAAAGGAUGGUAUUGUUUACACGGAAAGUCUCAUCUUUCCGAAACUAGGUCAAUAA